UUGUAAUGUGGAACAGCCGGGUGACAUAACCCCCAACAUUUUGUUUAAUAAAUAAUAUUCAAAUCAAAGCGAAUCCUAACUAAAAAUGUCCAACUUUAAAUAUAGUGAGCUUAUUAAGCUUGGCACACAAUAUGCGCGUCGUAUGAAUUACCUGUCGAAUCGCAUCUUUGGCGAGGUGGCGCGCACAACAAAUGACAAGUCAAUGAAGGUCGUUCGGAUGUUCUCCGAGGAGCCCAUACAUAAACGAGACUAUGUGGUUAACUGGUAUCCACGACAUGUGGAAACACAUUUGCUAAUGAAAAAUCUGCGGGACUACGGACUGUUCCGCGAUGAGCACCAGGACUUCAAGGAGGAAAUGAAGCGUUUGCGAAAACUGCGUGGCAAAGCACCUCCUAAGAAGGGCGAGGGCAAACGAUCAACUAAGAAAUAGACAACAGAUUCACUAAAAAC